AUGGAUAUCGAAAAGGAUUUGAAGCUCGAGGGCAAUUCCACUGAGACUCAUGCCUCGUCGCUGUCCGAAUUGCCCCAAUGGGACCCCAGCCAGGAGAAGAGUGCUCGCAGAAAGAUCGAUAUCGUCGUGUUGCCUCUGCUUUUUCUCGGCCUUCUUGUCUUCCAGCUAGACCGCAUGAACAUUGCGAGUGCAUUGACUGGGGGCUUUGCCAGUGAUAUCAAAGUUUCACAGGCGACAAUCAACCUAGGCAACCAGCUCAUGUUCAUGGGCAUCGUGGCCUUUGAGAUACCAUGUAACAUGGCCUUGCAACGAAUUGGUCCUCGAGUGUGGAUUUCGGCCCAGGUCUUUGUCUUUGGCCUGCUUGCCGUCAUGCAGGUAUUCAUUCGGAAUCGAGGAGCAUUUUUGGCCCUUCGUUUGCUUCUAGGGUUUGCCGAGGCAGGGUAUAUUCCUGGGGCAGUCUACACCCUAUCGGCAUGGUAUACGAGAAGAGAAUUGGGCAAGAGAGUGGCCAUUUUCUUCUUUGGGCUAUUCGGUGGCAACGCCCUCAGCCCGAUACUGGCGUCGGGCACUCUGAUUCUCGAUGGUCGAUGCGGUAUCCGAGGAUGGAAGUGGCUUUUCUUAAUUGAGGGACUAUUCACAAUCUUCGUCUCACUGCUCCUGGCAAUGUUCCUGCCUGGAUCACCCUACAUUACCAGGCCACUACUCAGCCCAGGUCUUAUCAAGUUCUCCGACUCCGAGAAGGAGAUUCUUCAAAGGCGACUUGAGAAGGAAAAUGGCGGAAACAACGGCGCUUAUGGCGCGUAUAUUCCGCUUAAAGUUGUCUUUCGUACUGUGUCUUACUACCGUCGCUGGCCGCACUUUGUUUCUACAUUUGUUGUCUUUUCGACAUGGAGUCCCCUGACUACUUACUCACCGUCCAUCAUCAUGUCGCUCGGCUUCGGCAGGACAGAAUCAAACGCCCUGGCAGCAGUCGGCGCAUCCCUAUCACUUGUCGUGGUGUUAUUUUUCGCCUACAUGAGUGACCGGAUCAACCGCCGAGGUGCUACUGUGAUCGUUGCUCACGUCUGCUACCUCAUUACCCUAGUAGUGGCUCUCACGGUCCAGCCCCAUGUCGGCAAAUGGUCUCGCUGGGGGCUUUGGACUGCUGUGAACAGUUUCGCAGUGGGAUAUCACCCGAUCCAGAACUUCUGGGUUCAGAUCAACUGUCGAGAUCAGGCAGAGCGAAGUAUCAGCAUCGCCAUGUGGGUUAUGUCUGCAAUAAGCGGUUUAAUGGUUGGGACGCAGUAUUACACAGCGAAGGACAAACCAUUUUAUUCGGCCGGCCUGCGUACUAUGAUCAUCAUGGAUCCCUUCGUAUGUUCCAAUUCGAGGGCCAAGUUAGAUGCCUUCCGAUACGCGGCAUCUAACGACAACGCUGGCCACGAAAUGGACGCUUCGAGUAAGGAAACCCAGCAGCAGCCCUUGACCACAGACGACGAACCGGAACGUCCUACUCAAGAGGCAGACACGGGAAUUCGACCUACGGGGCCAUGUCCAGAAACUCCCGCGCACAAGAUACCGCUGGCCGACCUUAUAAGCAACACGGAGGAUGCAUUCAACAAUGCGCCUGGGAAGACCAUGACGCCGGACGACCAUGUCUUUUGGGACCAUGGAGGGUCUUUUUCACGCAGCAGGAUGACACCCACGAAUUCCAGGAGAAAGAAACGUAACCGGAGCCUCUCGCCCGCGAGCUCGCCAUCUCACAUCACCAAGAACGGCUCAUUCACGACCCUGACUGCAGAAAGGAUGAUGAAAACCCCCCAACACGACGUGGGGGCGGACUUGUGGACCAAAUAUGUUAGUAGAGGGGAUGGGCUGCCAGAAAGUGAUGUGCCAAAGCUACGGUUAUCACAACUUGUGCCAUCUUCACCCCGCACGCCUGCAUUUACAGGUAGCGCAAAGAGGAACUCGUCGAGUCUACGGAGAGCAAACAGCUGCGCUAUAGACUGGCCCAAGUCUGCUACCAAGGGGAGACGGUCUGGCGAUGAUUCUGGCUCAUACAAGCUUCGAGAUGGCUUCUACCGCACUCGACCAAAUACAGACUCGGGUGGGUUGAGCUCUUCGAAGAUUGGCCUUCUGGUUGAUCGAAUACAAGAGACGUUCUUGAAACACCCUACCGAAGAAACCGCGCCUUCUAGUUCCUCACCACUCCCGGAUAGAUCAGAUGGUUUCCAGGAUGAUUGCCCUUCAUUACAGCCGUCCAAACGGAUCAAAUUGAGUGAGCCAAUCGAAACUCCAUCAAAACCCGCUACCACACGUCAAGGCCAGAUAAAGAUACCCCAACAACAACCAAAAACGGAUCCUGAGUCGUCGGAUUAUGGCGACGAUGACCAGGAUGACGAAUUCUUCGAGAUCGCAGCUGCGUCUACAAAUGAAGUAUUCUCAACCACACAAAACUGCAACAACAUACAUUCUCACCCCAGUCUGCCUUCGGCUGACUUUUCUACUUUACGACCCGAUAAAGACCAUGAUACCUUCUCACAGUUGGCUAAGGACAUGAGUGAUGAUUCUGACGAUUUCGAUAAUGAUGAUUAUGAUGGCAUGGAUGAGAUAAUAGCUUCAUAUAACAUAAACAAUACCACAACAACAAAAACAGCAGCAGCCAGGCCACCCGCCACCCCCCAGAAAGACCGCGUGUCGAAUGCUCAUGUUUCUGAGGAUGAUCUUGAAGGCUUUAUGGAAUUGGAUGCAUUUGAUUCCCAGGCGGAUGGCCUUGAUGACAACGUUGGUCGCUCCCUUCAAACCCCACAAGCUAUUAAGCGCUAUCUUGUCAUCGAUAUAGCGGAGAAUACCUAUACCAAUAUCAAGGGCCGUACUCAAUGGGAGAAAGUACUGGUCGUCCGCGAAGACAAGAAGAAGAAAACCCGCGCCAUCACCCUACGCGACUCGUGGUUUGACUCUGCCGUCUCUAAGGAUUCAUAUCUUCACCUAAUAGGUAAUUUCGACCGCAGCGGUCAAUGCAUCGUAGACGAUUCUUCCAACUACGCCAUUAUUCUCGAUCCAGACCACCUCAUCUCCGCCACGACGGUGGCCGACUCAUUCACAUGCGCCCGCCGCUCAGUGCUACAGGACCGCGUUAAGGCUACUAGUGAUGCUAAUAAGCCGCAGGUCUACGGCCAUAUCCUACACGAGAUCUUCCAGGAGGCAAUGAAGGCGAAUAAAUGGAGUCUACCUUGGUUGAAGAGCCUGAUUGAUACCACAUUGCCGAAGUACCUCGAGAGCCUGUUUGAAAUCAACGUUAGUAUCCAAGAUGCUACAAGUUACCUCGAGACCAAGAUGCACGCGCUGAGGGAUUGGGCAAAAUUAUUUAUCCACCCACGUCCAACUGCUGGCUCAAUGAUGGAUGAUAGAAACGGUGCCGUUGCUAAAAUAUGCAUUAACAAACUUCUUGAAGUUGAAGAGCACGUCUGGUCUCCGAUGUAUGGCCUAAAAGGCAAUAUCGAUGCCACGGUUCAGAUAGUUUUGGAGGAAGAAGGAGAGCAAAAAACUCUCACCGUCCCGUUGGAAGUCAAGACAGGAAAGAAUAAUACAAACCAGUCACAUAGGGCGCAAACAGCAUUAUAUUCAUUACUGCUUUCCGACCGUUACGAUAUAAAUGUGACCUUUGGAAUAUUAUAUUACUUGGAAAUCUCAAAAGCUCUUCGCGUCCGCGCCGUACAGGGCGAAAUCCGCCAAAUGAUCCAACAACGAAACCUACUUGCUGGCUACCUUCGACAGCGGUUCGAACUUCCGCCAAUGCUCAAGGAAUCCCGAAUUUGCAGCCCAUGUUAUGCAAAGACUGCAUGUUUCUUAUACCACAAACUUGUGGACGACGGUACCGAGGAAACCAGCGGCGUAGGAAAGCUCUUUCAAGAAACCGCCGGCCAUCUCACAGCACCUCAUCAAACGUUCUUUAAGAAAUGGGACGAUCUAUUAACAUUAGAAGAGAAAGAAAUGUCAAAGUUCCGACGUGAGCUAUGGACUAUGGUCAGCACUGAACGUGAGAGCGUGGGACGGUGUUUCAGCAAUGUUGUCAUUGAGAGCGGAUCUGCAUCUGAGAACUCUGACGGCCAAAGAAUCAACCGCUUCCAGUAUACAUUUAUCAAGCCUAAGGCAGGUUCGGGCUUUUCAUUCACGGAGUCACAGAUAAAUGUCGGUGAGCCUAUUGUUAUUUCCGAUGAACAGGGCCAUUUUGCUCUCUCAAACGGGUAUGUGAUUCAAAUCAGCCCUAGGAGAAUCACGGUGGCCGUUGAUAGACGGCUCCAUAAUGCUCGAAACAAGGAGCCUGGAUUUAAUGCUAUCAACAAUCAAGCUUUCCAGGGGAUCAUGGAUAUAUCAUCUGGAGGCAAAGCCGCUUCAAAUACCACGGACUACGAUACGGAGAACCCAAUGCUCUACCGACUGGACAAGGAUGAAUUCAGCAGCGGUCUGGCCAUUGUUAGAAACAACCUUAUCUCCAUGAUGGCAAAGGAUGUGUUUCGAUCCACUCGGCUUCGGGAACUGAUAGUUGAAGGUGCUGCGCCUGUAUUCAAACCAGGCCCACCCAUAUCCCUCCUCCCAGAAGCCGUAGGGCCGAAUCUAAACAUGGACCAGAAAAUGGCCAUUGGGAAAGUUCUAAGUGCUAGUGACUAUGCUCUAGUGCUUGGUAUGCCAGGAACUGGAAAAACUACAACGAUUGCCCAAAUUAUCCGUGCUUUAGUAUCUCAGGGGAAAAGCGUCUUGCUCACCUCCUACACCCAUACAGCCGUUGACAACAUCCUACUCAAAAUUCGGGAUGAUAAAUUCAGAAUUCUCCGCCUUGGGACACCAUCAAAGAUACAUCCGGAAGUUAAACAGUUUGCCGAUUUAGCAGCCACGCAUAAGAACACAAUUGAGGAGCUUGAGGAUUCAUAUGGGAAUUCAAAUGUAGUGGCUACGACAUGUCUAGGUAUCAACCACCGGAUUUUCAAUACUCGGACUUUCGAUUACUGCAUCGUUGAUGAAGCCUCGCAGAUCACAUUGCCUGUUUGCCUUGGGCCAAUUCGCAUGGCUAAAACAUUUAUCCUUGUGGGAGACCACUACCAGCUCCCACCUCUUGUCCAAAGCAAGCAAGCCAUAGAGGGUGGCCUUGACCUUAGUUUGUUCAAAUUACUCUGUGACAUGCAUCCGUCGUCAGUGGUCAAUUUAGAGCAUCAGUAUCGCAUGUGCGAAGAAAUCAUGCUCCUUUCUAAUACCCUUAUAUACUCCAACCUUCUCAAGUGCGGAACACCGGCAAUUUCAGCUCGCUCCCUUGUUAUUCCAAACAUAAAUGGCCUAAAAAGGAUACAUCCAACCUCUCUGUCGACUUCCACCCAGUCUCUCUGUCUAGGUCCAAGUCACGGCCAAUGCUGGCUUCGCGAUCUCGUCGAUCCCUGCGCAAAGGCCCGGUUUGUCAAUACCGACUCCCUCUGCCCCCAGGCCCUAGACACCGCCAACGGCUCCCGAAUCAUCAACGAGGUUGAAGCUACCCUUUGCGCUCAGCUUGUUGAGGCAUUCAUCUCCGUCGGUAUUCCAGCACAGGAUAUCGGCGUUGUUACGCUCUACCGAAGCCAACUUUCCCUUUUGAAACAGAAACUCCGUCGUCACGGAUCUGAUCUCGAAAUGCAUACGGCAGAUCGCUUCCAGGGGCGCGACAAAGAGGUGAUCAUUAUGAGUUGCGUGCGCAGCAACUCAGAUCGAAACGUGGGUGACUUGCUGCGCGACUGGCGCCGAGUCAAUGUUGCCUUUACCCGCGCCAGGACCAAAAUGCUCAUUGUCGGCAGUAAAGCUACUCUCAGCGAAGGAAACGAGCUGCUAGGGAAAUUCACCAAACUCAUGGACGAGCAUCAGUGGCGCUACGAUCUGCCACCUAGCGCCGUGAGCCAGCAUAGUUUCGAAGAGCACGAUUCCAUGUUCACCCAGGCGUUGAGUGGCAUGAGCCCCAAGAUAGGCAGAUUUGCAAAUUCCCUUUCUUCUAGCCCUACGAAGAAGCAACAGAGCAGUCCUAUUAAGAAACAGCCUCGACUCCCACUUAGCCCUGUGACGAACAAAGCAAAUAUCUUCCCCAAUACCACCCGCACCAUGAAGAAACCCCAGAAAGUCGGCGGGAAACCGCUUGACGGAGCAAAAAUUAUAAGAAAGAGGCCAGUCCUCACGGAUGUUCUGAAUGAUAUGCUUGGAUGA